AUGCCCAAGAACAAAGGAAAGGGUGGUAAGAACCGUCGUCGUGGAAAGAACGAGAACGACAAUGAGAAGCGUGAACUUGUUUUCAAGGAAGAAGGCCAGGAGUAUGCGCAGGUCGUGAAGAUGCUCGGCAACGGCCGUCUGGAAGCGCUUUGCUUCGACGGCGAGAAACGACUGGCACAUAUCCGAGGCAAGCUGAGGAAGAAGGUCUGGAUCAACCAGGGUGACAUCAUCCUUCUCUCGCUGCGUGAUUACCAAGACGAAAAGGGUGAUGUUAUCAUGAAGUACACCGCCGACGAGGCCAGAAGUCUCAAGGCCUACGGUGAGCUGCCGGAACACGCCAAGAUCAACGAAACCGAUACCUACGGCCACGAGGGCUUAGAGGACAACGUCGAGUUCGACGAGGACCGCGAGAGCGAAGACGAGAAGGAGAUCGAUGUCGACGAGCUCUAA